AUGACAACUCAAGACUCUUUGCAAAAUGUCCUCGAGGACGACCAGUUGGGGCUUGCAGUCCUGUUCGGAGGCCAAGGCUGUGAAUAUAUCGACGAACUCACUCACGUCGUACACUCGUCUUUGUCGGCGGGACAGUUUGUACAACUCGCCCAAACGACGUUGGAGGACGAAGCGAAAGGAACUGCGUUUUCGUGCAUCCAUCCGUUCUUGUGGACGAAAGAUCCAACGUCGCGCCCGCCCAGACUGGCGCUGAUGGCAGCCCCUGUGAGUUAUCCGUUGAUAUUUCUGACCCAGGUGGCCACGUACGUUGCGUUCCUCGAAGUAAGAGGACUUUCGCAUGAGUUGCUUCUCCCCCGACUUCGAGGAGCGACCGGUCACAGUCAAGGCUUGGCCGCGGCAGUGUUGCUUGCGUCAGUCACCACGACCACCGAACUGCUCCAACAUGGCCUGCAGUACGUCCGGCUCAUGUUUUGGCAAGGGGUGCGUGCCCAAACUGUGUUCAAUUCACUGCAUGCUUCAGCACCAUGCAUCGACAACGCUGUGACUUCUAUGCUUUUGGUGCGUGGUCUACCGGAGUCAAGGGUGAGUUCACUAGUCGACGACUUCAACGUUCGACACGGUGAUGUGGUGCAAGUGUCGCUUGUGAACGAUGAGUCGGCAGUUGUCGUCACUGGAUUCCCUCCGUCGUUGCGAGUUUUCGCCGCCACUGUAGAAGGUCAAGAGCUUUGGACCACCUCGGACAACUUUCGACUGGAUUUCCUGUCCGUGUCGUGCCCUUUUCACAGCCACUUGAUGCUCCCAGCUCAAAGUUUGGUGGUGGCCGACGCCAACCGCCUGCAACUGGUCGUCCCAAACGCUGCCAUGAAUUUUCCUGUCAUUGGCACCACCAACCAAGGACUCAAUCUUCAGUCAUGCUCCGGCAUCGUCCCCACGAUUAUUCAGAUGCAACUCGUCGACGUGGUUCAUUGGCCCGUAGCUACCAACACGUUGCAAAAUCUACCUGGUGUGAGCUGCAUCUUGGACUUUGGACCUGGCCGUAUCACGCCGUUCUUGCUUCAUCGCCACAUGCAAGUCUUUCGAGUCUGCAAUUUCGUGCAGUUAAACGAGCCUACUGGCAGUUCAGUGAUGUCCGACAUGGAGCGUCAAGUUGCGAAGAUUUGGGCCCAUGUACUGAACAAAGACGAGGCUUUGAUCAGCGGCAAGACAUCCUUCUUUGAACUUGGUGGCGACUCAAUAUCUGCAAUCCGUGUCGUGGCAGAAUGCAAAUCUCUCGGCGUGAACCUUACAGUGGCGCAAUUCAUGCGCGAUCCGACCCCUCGACAUGUUGCUAGCUCAGUCAAGGCAACAACCAUGCGAAAAUGGCCGACUGCUGCCUUGGACAAGGCCUUGGCCGACUCCAUGGACAAAAGCGCCGGCGUGGGUUCGGUCAUGUAUCCAAUGACGGCGAUGCAACGAAGUUUGUUGGCAGCCACGACAGUCAACCCGAGCGCAAGCGUACUCCAAGUAACGCUAAAACUGUCUGCGCCAGUGACGCCACGGUCGUUGGAGGCAGCAUUUCGCAGUUUGGUCGGUCAGCAUGACAUAUUUCAAGCCGCAUUUAUCACGUCCGUGCAUGGCAUGUUCCAGGUCUUUCCAGCGACACGAUCGUCAAAGACGACGGUGAGUACUCACAAAAUGUUGUUGGACGAAUACCUCCAAACCGACCUGGCGCGGGGAUUUUGCAUCGACAACCCCUCGUUCAUUCGCUUGGCCAUUGUUCAAUCUGCGGCAGACAUUUAUGGAGUGAUCACUGUCCACCACGCCUUGAUUGACGGUUGGUCUAUCGAUUUGUUUCUGUCUGACUUGAUCAACGUCAUGGACCAUCAAGCGGUACCCCCUCGCCCUUCCUUUCGAAAUGUUGUCGACUACAUCGAGGCGCAGGACAAAGGGGCGUCGGCGGCUUUUUGGUCUGGCUAUCUCGAUGGAUACACCCCAUGCGCACUUCAGUUUGCCCCUCCAACAGCCACCGACGUGCCUCCAUCUCCAUUGGUGCUCAAGAAUGCUGUGGCACCACACCAAUUGUCUCAAGCCGCAUCUCGAUCCGGAGUAAGCAUUGCCGAAUUGACGAAAUUCGCAUGGGCUGCCACGCUGCGCAAGUUUACUCGGCAGAACGACGUGGUCUUUGGCCAAGUCAUGGCUAAUCGAGGUAUACCCGUGCAGGACGUGGACAGAAUCGUAGGGCCGCUGCUUAGUGUUGUGCCAUGCAGAGUCCGUUUCGAUGAGCAUACACCGUUGGCAUUGAAAAUUCAAGCUCUUCAAGCAGCCCAACGCGUCAUGGCAGCACAUUCCCACGGCUGUUUGAUCGAUAUGGCGAAAUCGUGCGGUGCCGUGACGCCAACACAACUCUUUGAUACUCUCUUUGGAUACCAAAAGUGGCCACGACGUCGUUCGAUUGCCGGAGUCGAAGUUAUCGAGACGUGGAAGACGGCGUGUGGGCUUCAGACCCAAAGUUACCCAUUUGAAUUACUUGUGGAGCCCAACUUGGACAUGGAGUUGACGACCAGAGCACUUUACAUGCCAGCCAAAAUGUCGUGGAGCCAUGCAUUUGCUUUGUUGAACGAGUUCGACCAUACGCUGUGCCAGGUUUGCGACGCUCUGUUAGCGCAGACUGUCCCCGUCCCGACAUCUUUGGCUCUCUGGCCGUUGAGUCCCCUUCAGAUGAAGCGUAUCACGGACGCGUCGCGCGGGUCGGACGUUCCUUUGCCGUACGAGCUGGUUCACCACGGGUUCGAAGUGCAUGCAAUGAAGAGUCCAGGUCUUCGUGCAGUCGAUUUUGAUGGCAAGUGGCUGACGUACGGCGAACUCAAUGCGCAAGCAAAUUCCGUGGCGGCACAGCUACAAGAUUUGGGCGUCACGGUUGGUUAUCGUGUGGCUGUCAUCAUGGAGCGCUGUUUGGAAUUUCUCGUUGCUCUCUUGGCGACACACAAGACGGGAGCGUCUACGAUUCCAAUGGACGCCACGUUCCCGACCGCUCGAUUGUCCUUCAUGGUGUCCGACGCAGACGCUCGCAUCGUCUUGACCACGAAACCAUACGUCGACAAGAUCAAGACAUUGGACGCAUCCAUUCACCUUCUUUCCCUUGAUUCAUCAACGAUGGACAGAGAUGCCCACGCAUUUGUUCCUCGCCAAUUCGCAUCACGACACGACGAAGCGUACAUCGUGUACACGUCGGGGUCCACUGGCAAUCCCAAAGGCGUUCGCGUCAAGCAUGUCGGCAUUGUCAAUUCGGUGAACUACCGGUCCUCGGACCUUGGGAUUGCCAAAGGAGUGCGCGUGAUGCAGUUUUUGGCAAUCGGAUUUGACGUGUGUCAGUGGGAGAUUUGGACGACACUCUCCCAUGGCGCCACACUUGUCCUUCGCGACCGCGAUGGAAUGGAAUCGCUGUCCACGGUCAACGUGCUGGCAAUCACUCCCACUGGACUGUCCAAGCUGGGAAAACCUUCGCACUACCCCAACUUGAAAACAGUUUGUGUAGGGGGCGAAGCCAUUCCAGCCACGUUGAAAGACCUUUGGAGCCCCCAUGUCCAACUGUUCAACUGCUAUGGCCCGACGGAAGGCUCAUGUACGACUCAUAUGCAUCAACUGCUUCCUGAUGAGCCCGUCACGAUUGGGCUGCCAAUAUCAAACGUCCACAGCUACAUUCUCGACGAACACCAACGACAUGUUCCAGUGGGAGCUCUUGGUGAAUUGUACUUGGGCGGAGUUUGCGUGGCAUCUGGAUACACCAACUUGCCUCUCAUGACAGCGUCGCGAUUCCUUGACGACCCUUUCAACUUGCCCGAUGGAAAAAUGUACCGCACAGGCGAUUUAGUCCAAAUGCUUCCAAAUGGCUACGUUCACUAUAUUGGUCGACAGGACAGCCAGGUCAAGUUGAAAGGGUACCGCAUCGAGCUGGACGAGGUCGCGAAUGCCAUGAUGCAGCAUCCGUCCGUCGUGUCGGCGGCAGCCGUCGUCCAGAACAAGACGCACCUCGUUGGGUACUUCUCGCCGGCCGCCGUCGACGUCGAGGCAUUGAGGCAGUACGUGGCGGACCAGUUGCCAGUGUACAUGGUCCCGGCCGUGUGGGUCGGCCUGGACGACAUGCCCCAAAACUCGAACGGCAAGAUCGACGUGAAGGCGUUGCAGGCCAUGGACGUCCGGAUCCGUGUGGAGCCGCUGGAGACAGACAUGGAGCUCAAGAUGGCCCGCGUGUGGUCGGACGUCCUUGGCGUGACGUUGUCCGAGAUCGGACGGCAGUCGUCGUUCUUUGAGCUGGGUGGGGACUCGUUGUCCGUGGUGCGGGUCGUUGCAGCGUGCAAAACAAUGGGGUUGACAUUGUCCGGAGCCCAGUUGACGAAGGAGAUGCUGCUGUGUCGCGCCGCCAAAGUUGCGACCACGCAUCGCCGCGUCGACUGGCCGAGCGCCAUGCUGCCGGACGACAUGAAAGGCGCGAUCGCGACAGAGUGGCCGCACGUUUCGAAUUGGUCGAAUUGCAUCGUGUACCCUGUGACGUCGCUGCAAAUGGGUAUGCUGUACGCCUCGAUGAGCCAUCGCGAAGCGUAUGUCCUGCAAAAUGUCGUGCCGCUGGCGGAUUCUGCCGAGGUCGCCACCUUCGAGUCUGGCUUUCGAUCACUUGUCCGACACCACGACAUUCUGCGCACAACGUUUGUGACGACUUCGACUGGCAUGUACCAAGUCAUUCAGCCGGACUCCCACAAUGCUGAUGUGUCCGCUGUGGCUGCACCGUCCAUCGAUGACUUUCUGCAGCAUGAUCUCGCGCGCGGCUUUCAAGUCGGGGACAGUUCGUUUGUCCGACUGACUGUUGUCCGGACCGACAAGGGUCAGCAUGGUGUGCUAACCAUCCACCACUGCUUGUACGACGGAUGGUCCAUGUCGAUGUUGUGGUCCGACUUGGCGGACAUCAUGGAAGGACGGCCGCUGGGACAUCGACCGAGUUUCCGCCAUGUGGUGGACUACAACGAGGCACAAGACAAGUCCGCCACCGAAGCCUUCUGGCGGUCAUACCUGUCUGGAGUCGUGCCAUCGCCUCUCGGGACCAACGGACAUGCUCUGCGAAGCCAAACGGACGAACCGCUUUCGAUCGACACGACAACGAAUCUGUCGACUUUGUCCAAGACGGCCCAGACGCUCCAUGUGACGGUCGCCGAGUUGGUAAAGUUCGCCUGGGCUGCCACCGUGCGCAAGUACACUCGGCAGAACGAUGUAGUGUUUGGCCACGUCGUGGCCAACCGCGACCUUCCCGUCCACGACGUUGACAGAAUCUUGGGCCCGCUGGUCAGUACCGUGCCGUGUCGCGUCCAAUUUGACGACGCUUUGCCGCUGACGGCGAUAUUGGACCGCAUUCGACAGGAGCGCGGUGCGGUGUCCAGUCAUUCCCACGCAAGUCUAAUCGACAUGAAACGCUGGAGUGGCGUGGAAGGCGACUUGUUCGACUCGCUCCUCGUGUACCAGAAUGUCCCCACGCCUGGCUUGGCACGUCGUCGAGUACAGCAGCCGAAGAAAACGAUGUCCACGGACCACACUAUCGAAAUCAUCGCGACCCCCACGCCGACCAGGAUGGAGCUACUGGCCUUGUACAAGCCGACCCUCUUGUCGCGAACACAAGCUCACUGGAUGCUGACGGAGUUCGAUGGUACGUUGAGUCAGAUCUGCGGGGAAAUGAAUGGAACGACCUUGGUGUCGCACUUGUGGACGUUGAGUCCAGCCCAGACAUCGCUGCUCCGGGCAGCUUCGUGCGGACCGGACGCGACACUGCCGUUUGAGUUGCUGCACCAUGCGUUUGAGGACCGAGCAAGGUUACGUCCCCACGUCCGCGCCGUUGAAUUCCAAGACCAGUGGCUCUCGUAUGGCGAGCUCGACGCCCGCGCCAAUGCGGUGGCAUGCGAGCUGGCUGACUUGGGAGUUUGCGUCGGGUCUCGAGUGGCUGUGAUCAUGGACCGCUGUUUGGAGUUUCCGAUUGGGCUGGUGGCAACGCUCAAGGCUGGAGCUGCCAUGAUGCCGCUUGACGUGUCGUUUCCUGCAGCGCGGUUGUCGUUCAUGGUGGCGGAUGCCGGCGCGUGUGCCGUGGUGACGUCGGAUCGGCAUCUCCAAAGGCUGACCGAGAUGAACUUGGGAGUGCCAGUCAUCGUCGCCAACGUGACUGACCCGUUGAACGGGAAGGCGUUCGAGCUGCCGCCUUGCCACCGAGCCACCAAGCUCGACGAAGCAUACAUUGUGUACACGUCUGGCUCGACCGGAAAGCCCAAAGGCGUGCCUGUGCUGCACCACAGCGCAGUGAAUUCCAUGGAGCGCUUCCGCGACAUCCUCCAGAUCAAGGAAGGGAGUCGUGUGUUUCAGCUGAUGGCGAUCGGAUUCGACGGCUUCCAAGCCGACAUGUGGGAGAGUUUGUCCUUUGGCGCGACAUUGGUAUUGCGCAGCGAAGACGAUUUGACGGCCCUGUCGACGGCGGACAAUCUCACGUGCACCCCCACGGCGCUGUCCUUGCUUGGCGAUCCAGCCCAGUACCCCCGAUUGCAGGUGGUGGCCGUGGCAGGAGAAGCGUGUCCGGUGGCCUUGAAGGACAUAUGGGCACCCAAGGUCGUGUUGUUGAAUCUGUAUGGGCCGUCAGAAUGUGCCAUCAUGUCGCACGGCGGUCGAAUGACGCCUGCGGAUCCCAUCACCAUUGGCCCGGUCCUACCCAACGUCAGGUGCUACGUGCUCGACCACAACCUCCGACAAGUGCCGUUCGGGACGCUUGGGGAGUUUUACCUGAGCGGACUGUGUGUGUCUCCAGGUUACAUCAACCUUCCUGACUCGACGGACGAGCGAUUCCUGGUCGACCCGAUUGGUGGCGGCCGGAUGUACAAGACGGGGGACUUGGGUCGCCUUCACCCCAACGGACAGUUCGAGAUCGCCGGUCGACAGGACAGCCAGGUCAAGUUGAAAGGGUACCGCAUCGAGCUGGACGAGGUCGCGAAUGCCAUGAUGCAGCAUCCGUCCGUCGUGUCGGCGGCAGCCGUCGUCCAGAACAAGACGCACCUCGUUGGGUACUUCUCGCCGGCCGCCGUCGACGUCGAGGCAUUGAGGCAGUACGUGGCGGACCAGUUGCCAGUGUACAUGGUCCCGGCCGUGUGGGUCGGCCUGGACGACAUGCCCCAAAACUCAAACGGCAAGAUCGACGUGAAGGCGUUGCAGGCCAUGGACGUCCGGAUCCGUGUGGAGCCGCUGGAGACAGACAUGGAGCUCAAGAUGGCCCGCGUGUGGUCGGACGUCCUUGGCGUGACGUUGUCCGAGAUCGGACGGCAGUCGUCGUUCUUUGAGCUGGGUGGGGACUCGUUGUCCGUGGUGAAGGUGGUUCGAGUAUGCCGGGUGAAUGGAAUCCGAAUCACGGUGAGUCAAAUGGUGAAGUGCGUGACGCUGGUUCGUGCUGCUGCAGCAGCCAAGUCGACGUGUGCUGUUCAUGACUUGGUGGACAGUGGAAAUCGUGCCCUCAUUUCAAAGGACAAGGUGGUGUUACAUUCUCCUCAGUCUCUUGGCCGACGUGGUUGCAAGAAGUUCGCCUCGGGUGACGGCUUUGUGCCAGAGCUGCAUAUUCAGAUGGAUCCUGUCGCCUUGGCGCCAGUGCAUUGACCUCCACUCAGCGUGGUCACGAAACAUUUAAUUGACCUUGUCGGGCUCAUGACAAUGCUGGUCUCGACCUCCUAGUUCUAGCCCACGCAAACCAUGCCACCAUGAUCACAUCUUUAGUAUAUUCAUUGUACUAUUACUAUUAC